AUGAAGUUGAACAUCGCCAACCCCGCUACGGGCGAAGAGAAGCUCAUCGACAUCGAUGAUGAGAAGCGCUACCGCAUCUUCUACGACAAGAAAAUCUCCCAGGAGGUCCCGGCCGACAGCCUUGGCGAUGAGUGGAAGGGCUACAUCUUGCGCAUUACCGGCGGCAACGACAAGCAGGGCUUCCCGAUGAAGCAGGGUGUCCUCCUCCCGUACCGUGUUCGCCUCCUCCUUUCGACCGGCGACUCGUGCUACCGCCCCCGCCGCACCGGUGAGCGCAAGCGCAAGUCCGUUCGCGGCUGCAUCGUUGGCCCGGACAUUGCCGUUCUUUCCCUCGUCAUUGUAAAGCAGGGCGAGCAAGAGAUCCCCGGCUUGACCGACACUGUCCUCCCUAAGAGGCUCGGCCCCAAGCGGGCGACCAAGAUCAGGCGGUUCUUCAACCUUUCCAAGGAGGACGACGUUCGCAAGUACGUCGUGCGCCGUGAGGUCAAGAGCUCGAAGAAGGAGGACGCCAAGCCCUACCUUAAGGCUCCCAAAAUCCAGCGCCUCGUCACCCCGGCCCGUCUUCAGCGCCGCCGCCACCUCCGCGCCAUCAAGCGCCGCCGCAUCGAGCACCAGAAGGAGCAGAAGGCGGAAUACGACGCCCUUGUCGCCAAACGUCAAGCGGAGAGGAAGCAGGUUGCUGCCGCCCACAAGGCGUCGCACAAGAAGGCCACUGCAUAA